CAAAACAUGGCGGAGACUUCAUAUCACCGUUUGUUAGCAGAUAUACAUAUAUUUUGUUACCCCAUUUCCCUUUCUCCGAUCUCUUAUUUAGGGAGUUCAAAGUGUAAUAUAAGUCCUUUGAUCUGAUAAAGGAAUGGAAAACUACGAAAAAAUUAAGAGUAUCGGCCGUGGUGCCUACGGAACUGUAUAUCUGUGCAGACGAAUUUCCGAUGGAUGUCAUGUUAUCAUCAAACAAAUUCCUGUGGAAGAAAUGAGUAAAGAGGAGAGAGUGGCCGCUAAAAACGAAGUCCAAGUGCUUUCCAUGCUGAAACACCCAAAUAUAAUUGCUUAUUUUGAGAGUUUCGUCGAGGAAAAAGCCUUAAUGAUAGUCAUGGAAUAUGCCCAAGGAGGUACUAUGUACACUUUCCUCGAGGAACGCGAGGGAAAGCUUUUGGACGAAGACGAGAUAAUACGACUUUUCGUACAAAUUGUGCUGGCUAUUCAUCACGUCCACCAACAACACAUCCUUCAUAGGGAUCUUAAGACUCAAAACAUUUUAUUAAACAAGACAAGGAAAGUAGUAAAGAUCGGAGAUUUUGGCAUCUCAAAAAUACUGAGUAGCAAAAGCAAGGCCAACUCCGUGAUAGGCACGCCAUGUUAUAUUUCGCCAGAACUGUGCGAGGGCAAACCAUAUAAUCAAAAAAGCGAUAUUUGGGCUCUUGGAUGUGUUUUAUACGAACUAGCAACGUUAAAGAAAGCGUUCGAGGCAUCCAAUCUGCCUGCUCUGGUAAUGAAAAUUAUGAAAGGGAACUUCAUUCCGAUUUCCGAAAGAUACAGUGAAGAUUUCAAGAAUCUUGUUUUAAACAUGCUUCAGGUGGACCCCGCUAAGAGGCCAACUCUACGGCAGAUCAUGGCACAACCGCUUGUGGUCAAUGCUCUGUUUAAUCUGCACACUGAUGUAGGACGAGUUCCAUGCAACAGAGCGCCAAGACCAACAGCAGGAAUAUCGGCUGUCAUACCUCCAAAAAGUGGACGAUCAUCAAGUGGCAGCCGUCCCACAGGCAAUCAAGUCUAUCGCACCAGCUCCACAAACUCAGCCUCUGUAAUUCUUGAAGGACUUCCUGAUUUUAAGCCAAGAGAACCCCAGUAUGUAGUGUACCUGUGGGGAGGUGGCAUCAGAUCACCAGCUAAACUGACACUUCCACAGCAUGACUCUGAUGUCGUUCAGGUAGCCACAGGCAGGGCACUGAAAACAGGGGUCUCUAAAAGUGGACGUAUGAUCAUCUGGGAUUCCAAUAAGAAGGCAGUGGAUGUUUCUUCAGAUGCAGCAGAGAAGGGGAGAUUGUUGGAAGAUAUGUGGGUACCAAGGUUUCUAGAGGGGCAAUCUGGAGUGACAAUAGUCGAAGUAUCCUGUGGUGAUUUCUUUGUGGCUUGUUUGACAGAUCGUGGAAUCCUCAUGACAUUUGGGAAUGGAAUGCAUGGUGCAUUAGGACAUGGAAAUCACAAUGACGUUGGUCAGGCCAAAAUUGUUGAACAAUUGAUUGGAUUUGAAGUUAAGCAGGUGUCCUGUGGUGCUUCCCAUGUCAUGGUCGUCACGGCUGACCGUGAACUCUUCUCGUGGGGACGCGGUGACAACGGGCGUUUGGGGCUCGGAAACCAGCAGUGUUUUUCUCUUCCACAACCUGUGAGUCUUGAACCUGGUUUUACUGCGAAACAGGUCAAAUGCGGCGUGGACUGCUCGUUUGUGUUGACAUUGAAUAACAGGCUGUUAGCCUGCGGUAGUAACAGAUGUAACAAACUGGCAUUAGACACUGAGGAUCAAUCCGUGGACGAGUCACAUAUUCUGAGGCCCAUCACUUCCCUGCCUGUGAUGGCCGAGCCUGUCAAGGCUGUCACCAUGGGAACGUCACACACUGCGGUGCUAACGGACAGCGGUAAAUGCCUAACAUUCGGUUCCAACUCGUUUGGCCAGCUCGGUUAUGAACGCGAGGGAAGUUGCCGGGAGCCCAGAGUUGUUAAAGCUUUGGAAAACAAGAAGCUUACGUUUGUUUCUUGCGGAGAUACUUUUACAGUUGCAGUUAGCAAUGAUGGAGAUGUGUUCUCGUGGGGGAAGGGUGCCAGGGGGCGGCUGGGAUUGCAGACGGACGAAGACUGUGCCACACCCAUGUCUGUUACUUUAUCAACGAAAUUGAAAGUCCUCUCUGUGUCGUGUAGCCACAGCACUACCUUGAUGUGUGGACAGGUUCUUUAAGUAACAAAUCUCUUGCGAUAGCUUGAUUCCGGUGAGGUUCUUUACGUCAUCGACGAACACGUGAAGAAGAAAGAAAACGAUUGUCCCAAAUCAGCCGUUGGUCUUUAGAUUUCAGAAACAAUGCGCAUGCGAGUUUGAUCUGUUGUUAGGGAUAUCCCAUAUGUAGCAUCUUUCUAAAUGAAAUCAGUUCAGUUGUUCAACCGAAUCACAUCUAAGACCGUACUUACUAGGAUCAUUUCUACAGUACGUGUUCCGUCUUUGUAUCCUAGCAAAGACAACGCCAUCAACCGCGAUGACGAUGUACAGCGCUCAUCUCUGAGCGGGAAGCACGUUGUCGAUUCGUGACGACUAGUUGGCGACGAUUGAUGACCGUUCCUCUCCCUACUCUGGUGGGGGAAUUGGAGGAGGUGAUCGCAUUCUGAGCGGUUGAUAUUAAACAGACAAUAGGAUGUUGUAUGAGAGGGUAAUAGAUGGUGGUUGGGCUCUAAGCCUUAUACUCUUCUUCAAUUACAGUUCACCAAAAGUCAAAACAGAUUUAUCACAGUGAGUGUGCGUGCAUUUUUCUGUAACGGCAAUUAACUGAGAGAAUGUAACGGCAAUUAACUGAGAGAAUAUUCUAGUGAGGAGAAUUUCUUCAAUUACAGAUCUCCCUAAAGUCAACACAGAUUCAUCACAGUGAGUGUGCGUGAAUUUUUCUGUAACGGCAAUAACUGAGAGAAUGUGUUGAAGGACGCAGCCAUUACUCUUUGCUCUUCUCAGGACCUUUACUUGCGGGGAUGUAAUAUUCUAGUGAGGAGAAUUUCAGUAAAACUGAUCUCUUAGUGGCUUCAUUGGAUGACAACCCGAUUUGAUUUCCAAACAAUCGCUCGCAAAAAAUCAAUCUUGCAAUGACGAUCAAUGGAAAAACCCCGUUUAACACUCCAUUUUCCCACCUUAUACUGAGGUCUUCCAUCUUCAGGCAUAAUACGAUAUACUUCACAGAAAAAUAUGUCAUCAACGAUGUGAAAAGAAACCACUAAUUCGCCGUGACACAGUCUCAAAAGAGUAAGCUGCCUUAAAAACACAACAUUUGCUGUUUAUAAAAAAUGAAUAGAUAAAAAAAUUAAUGAACGGAAGCCGCGUAUUGUUUGUUAUUCAAACUCAUUACAUAACAUUUGUGAACAUGAAUUUUAAUUAUUUUCUUUUCCUGAUUUUCGUACAUAAUUUAUAAGCGGUGAAUUGACCUGCGGUCUUGGCUCGACGGCCGCUCGGCUAUUUAUGUUCCUUUUACUAAAUCGACUUUUCUUUGCAGGAAUAAAUCGAAACUCCUGUUUGAGCCACGUCGCAACAAAGCUUAUUUAGACACUUCAGCGAAGACAAUUUUCGAUUUAAUAUUAUAGUCAUGGACAAUCUGCUGUUUGACUACGAUCAUCCGACUCUCCGUGUUCUCUUCGUUUCGACGAUAAUCAUACUGGGGCUGUUGAUUAUUAACGAUUUGAUUCCUUGGGGUCCGCUGGGCCGUCGUACAAGACGCAGAGAAAGCAACCUUGUUCUAAUCAUCCUCGCAAUACUCGCCUUGGCGGUCGAGUGGACAGUUUACAUGUUUUUAUGAGUCAAAAUGAAUUAAGCUACUGGAACUUUAGUCUUCGAUCUUGCAUCAAUCGCCUACCGGCCACUCCGAUUCGAUUUUCUGAUGUGUAAAUCAGCCCUCGUCAUUUCUGCGAUUCCAGCUUACAUUUCUUCUCGCGGAGUGUUAUAACAGAUUCACAAUAUUUCAAUUUAGGUAACAUUCAAGGGAACAAGGGUAAACUAAGCUGCUGAUAUUUGAAUUUACUUUGUGGACGCUUUCUAGGACGUGGAAAGAGCUGACAUUGAUUAUUCAAACUGAACAAAGAACUCAAAAAACAAACCGUCAGGCAAUAAUUGUAGAGACUGAUCUAGGAAAGAGCCAAAGAAAGAUCGACCAGGGAGUAAAAGAUGGUUUCCAGCUGACUAUACCAUGUGGACGAUUUGAAUAUUUAAAUUGCUGUCAUUUUUCGUCACAUUUGACUUGCAAAUAAAGAACUGAAUUCACAUAUA